CGGAAUAUCAUCGAGGUCAUUCACGCCAUAGCUGCAAAAAUGAGAGAUGGAUCCGAAUAGAUAUGCACCUGCUGUAUUUUCAUCAUAUGUUAUUUUAUAAGACGUGUAAUUUGUGCUCAUGAAUAACUAGGUCACUGUUUGAUCCUAAUCUCAAGGUUGAGCCACCAUUAGGCCCAUAGAUAUCCGUAACUUUACGUGUAUACCAGAUAAGAAAUCAAGAUGGGGAAGCUAAUGUCAAAGGUCUUUGGCAAUAAGGAAAUGAGGAUAUUGAUGCUGGGUCUAGAUGCAGCAGGAAAAACUACUGUUUUAUAUAAAAUUAAAUUAGGUCAGAAUGUAACGACUAUACCAACAGUGGGCUUUAACGUGGAGACUGUAGCCUAUAAAAAUGUCAAGUUUUCUGUAUGGGAUGUGGGGGGUCAAGACAAAAUACGACCGUUAUGGCGUCACUACUACGCUGGUACCCAGGGUCUGAUAUUUGUAGUGGAUUGUGCCGACCGUGACCGAGUGGAUGAAGCUCGCCAGGAACUGCACAAGAUUAUAAAUGACAGGGAAAUGAAAGAAGCUAUAAUACUAGUAUUUGCUAAUAAACAAGAUUUACCUGAUGCGAUGAGACCCCACGAGAUACAGGAGAAACUAGGACUAACACGGAUGCGAGACAGGAACUGGUAUGUACAGCCUUCGUGUGCCACUACAGGUGAAGGACUGUAUGAGGGGCUAUUGUGGCUCAAAUCCAACCACAAGUCGUGACCUAGGAGUGCUGCAUCCCAAGGAAACAUUUUUAGUACAAAAAUGCUUUUAUUACGAUAUUCAUGAAAAAAAGAGAUACGAGCAGUGUGGUGUCUACUUUGCCGGUAGAAUCUGAUUAUUAAUAAAAAGUGGCGUAUUGUCUUGGCAAGCAGGAGUCCGAGAGUUAAGCAGUGGACACAUAAUGUGACACAAGAGGUGUUAAAGCCACCAGACUUUGUAGAACAUCGGAGAGAAUACGAGGCAUACAUGAUGUAUAUUGCUAUUGGUGUAAGCUCAAUGUGACAAUUAAAGAGUAGAAGUCGUCACCAUAAAUAUUAAGGAACGCUACUGUACCUACAUUAUACUUCUCAUUACUAUGAAUGUGUAUACAUACAAGUCUAGAUUUUUUUUUCUAUUUUUCUGUUCUGGAGAACUGGCACUUUUUGAUGAAUGUGGCUGGCUGUUACCUCUAGUAGCAAUGCUUGUGCAUGAGAGAGUAAGUGUAUGUGAGAACGAGAGAGAAUCUAUUGCAUUGGCAAUAAUAGAGAGUGAGAUUGGAUUUUUUAAUCAGACUUUUUGUUAAUGUGGGUAUAUUUUUAUUGUUAUUUUAAGAGAGUUUCCAUUUGGAAAUACAAAUACAGUGUACAAGCUUUUGUUAAGAUAGUUAUAUAAACUGGUACCUUCCAUCCAUAAUACACGACAGCUUACCACUUAUAUCCAGCAACUGAACACUGUCAAGACAAAAGUGCAACAGCCACUGUCAAGCCAAAGGGGCAACAGCCUUGUCAACCUGCAGCUGAAGUGUCACCAACUUGGUCCCAUCCGUUUAUUCAAAUGUAAUAUUACAUGCUUAAAUCAUGGCCAAACUGCGGUUGUUGAUACAGGCCUUGAAAAGUUUUUAUCAAGGCUCAUCUGAAAGUAACCUUAAAUCACCAGAUCUGUCAUUAUUUAUAAACAAACAACUUUGGUCCAGCAGGUCUAACGGUUUAGGGCGGGUAUAAGCAGCCCUUGUCCGUUCUGAUAGGGAUAUCGAAGUAAGUUUCCUGUCUUGAAUCACCCACCUAAAAAAUUUCUGUUGUCAGUUGUGUAACAAAAAUAUUUCACAUACUAAUUUCUCUAGCUUGAGAGAAGUGAUUUAUAUAAAAUAUUUUGGAAAUUUUGCAGAAAAAAAGAUGACAUGACUGUUCAGAGAAAGUAAUACAAACAAAUUAAAAGGAAUGUUUAAAUUACUUGUGAAGUGUGGUACCUGCAUUCUAGUGCUGAUCACAAAGUAUGCAUCUGUUAAAAUGAUAUUUUGGUUUGUCCUGUCCUUGUGUUUGUAAACAAUUCAUCCCUGUUCAUUAAUUUCUUCGCUGGCAUAUCCCAGUCUGUUGAUUUCUUUCGUGGCAUUUAGGUUGCUCUCGGUAAAGUGGUAAUUGUGUUCCAGGCUUCGAGAUUAAUACAAUCUUGGUGCUUACUCCUACGUUGUAUUUUAUACAUUUAGUUAUAAAUUAGUAAGUCAGAGAUCUUGGCUCAUGUUGAGUACCAGUCUUCUGUGAGACUGUUUUGAUGAUGUAUAUAUUAACUAAUUAUGUGUUUGAAGAAUAAGGAUUGUACUGUAUACCCGUAGUUCAUUAAACAUAGGAAACAACGCACUACUGUGCUGUAAACUAUAAAAUAACUUUUUUUUUUUAAAUAAUAGAAUUUAGGUUAGGUAAUGUCUAUAAUUAUCAAUUUGUAUGUCACAUAAAGUCUUUCAUUUUCAUUAACGCUUACUCAAAAUGUAUGUUGGGCUUGUGAUCGUCUAUAGUGUAAUUGUAGUGGUGUCUUCUAAGUAGAAUAUUUCAGAUCAAUCAUAUUGGUAUUAAAAGUUUGUUUUUUUAAUUCUUCGUCAUUUAGGGAUACUUUUAAAGUUAUUUUGUAAUAUUUCAGGUGAAGAAUAUAUUGACUUAUUUCAAGAUUGCUAAAUAAGGUAUUUCUAAAAUUAUUACCUGGUAUGAUUUUGGGUACAGAAAGAUUCUGGAAGAGGAAAACCAGAAUGGCAAUCCUAAAUUUCAUUCAAAAUUACACAUUUCUGUAAUAAUCCUUUGAAACUUUCUAAAUCCUCCUUAAAAUGUAUUUCUUGUGGUUCAAAUUAAGAUUAUGUGCUACGUUGUGGUCUAGUUUCAAAGUACAUGUAUAUGCUACAAAGUAUUCAACAUCUGGUCCCAUUUCAACUUCCAGACCCAAACAUUUCACAAAUAGUUUUUCAGUGGUAUUAAAAUUAUUUUUAUUUGAAGUAUUUAAUAAGUAUCUCUACUUAAAAAAAACACCAGAAUGAUAGAAAAGAAAUGCAAACACUGAAAUAUUAGAUUUUUGCUUUGUUUAGUUGGUUACAAAUAAUUCCUUUCCUUUUACUAAAUCAAGUUUUGAAUAACUAACAUGUUGGCCUUUUUAUAAUCUGCAUGUCUUGUCUAAUGGUAUGUGAAAUUCAUGUCUUUGGUGGUUUUGCCCUUAAAAGUUCUAUUUCGAGACUACAUUAAUCCUCUAAAAAGAAGAAUUCUUUCAUGAGUUAAGCUGACAGUAGUAAACAGUUGCUUGCUGCAUGAUUUAAUAUUCUGAACAGGAUUUUAUUUCAAAAUAACCAUUUUUGAUAUUUUUCCGUGUAAACAUAUACCUCAUGAAGUCCUAUUGGGCCUGUUAAACAAAUUCAAGGUAAGAAACAUGUAUAUCACAAUAGCUUUUCAGUGUUGUCAAUUAAAAGCUGAGAACCUGAGACUUAAAAAAUAAGUGAUAAAUCUAGAAAAACAUUUUGAAAAACAAGAAAUACUCAAAAUUGAGACUUUUAGUAUAGUACCUACCAGUAAUUAGUUAACUAGGCAAGUUUAUUGUGAUGAAUUAUUAUUUAUGUUGCUUUUGUAAACACAGCUCUGAACUCCGAGUAAUGAUCGAGGGCGUCUAUGUUAUUCGUGUGUUACUCUACCCAAAUACAUUAGCAGAUUGUUGGUUUUGUGUAUUCAGUUGUUUAUGUUAAAUUCUAGUGCAAUUUUCAUUCUUUUUUGGUGUAUUUCCAAUAAAAUAUUUAGUAUUUGGAAAACAAAGUAAAAGAUUGCUGCCUCUACAAGUCACUGCUGUUAGUGACGUCCUUACUAUGGAUCCUGGGUUUCUGUUGCUAUCUUCAUGUCAUAUUCCAUACAAACAUAAAAUAUUACCUACAUGUACAAAUAUUUCUUUGUAUAAUAACUGGAGAAACGGUCUAGGAAUUCCUUGAUAUUUUUAUAGGGAAACCAAUUCUGAUGUAUAUAUUAUUUAAAACACUUACAGGUAUUAAAAGCAGAUUUUGGAUAGUUUAAUUCUGUGUUAAAGAAUUCAAAAGUAUUAAAAAUUGUAUAGGAGACUUUUGAUCAGUUUCUGAUACAGAUGUUUAAUCAAUAUUUCAAUGUUAAUACUCACCUUGAUAUUUUAAUGUGAUUCUUAGACUGAUUUUCGAUAAAUAACUUCUUAAAAUCUUAAGCGCCAUGGAAAAUAAUAUUUAGGAAAAUCUGUCAUUAAAAUGAUUAAUUGUGAAAGGCAAGUAGUUAAAAUAAGCAUGCAUUGUACAUGCUUGAUUUUUUUAAAGGAACAAGAACUACCUUCAAAUUGUAAGAUUACAAUGAAUUGGGAACAUCCUUAAAAAGAACAUUUGAGAUGAUCCGUUUUUAGUGCAUAUCGUUUUAAAAAAAUGAAUGGCUGAAUGUUAAAAUGGCAGCUUGCAUACAAAUUUAUGGUUUUUAGAACCAUUUAUGAUGAGUGAAAUGAAAAAUUACUAGUUAUAUUGUGUAAAAACUAGGCUGUUUCAUUUCUUCAUUAAAAAUCUAAUACCACACCACUAACAUCAAUAUCAGUGCACAAUUUAUACAGUAGAUGUAUCAAUUCAAGUUGUAUUGUUAGAAACUGAACUCAACCAUAGCACAGUAUAAACUUUUUGUGUAUUUUUACCAAGCAUGCUACCAUAUUGAGUACAACUUCUGUAUCCUUUUACAGUCUUUAAACCAACAUAGGUUUUCCUUGUACCGAGUAACUAGAAAUUGGGAUUUUUUUGGGGAGGGUGAUACCAUACACUUCAUUGAUUUCCUGAUGGUUCAUCCAAAGUGCCUUCAGAGUGCAAGAAGGAAAAUGAACAGGUAUCAGCAAUGAGAUUUUAAACAGUUUUCUAGCUAGCUAUAGGCAUACAGAAUAUUAAAGAGUGCUUAUGUAAUAUAUUUUUUCUUUAUUUAAUUUAUUUAUGUGCAUAUUACACUAUUUUUGGGAUGGAGUACAGUUUUUGUGCAUAUUGGGGGACUACAACUUCGCUUGCCAAGUGUGUUAUAUACAGUAGGAGAGUACCGUCUCAAACACCAUUGGCUAGCGAAGUUGGGGAGACUAGUGAUCUAGUCAUAUUUCUGUCAGAGUACAAGGGAAAGCCUGCAAUGAAUAUAUUAUUUUUGCAUGCAUAUGACAUGCUAAAUUUAAACAUGUCCUGAAGUGUAGGUUAAAAGGCCGUUGCUUUGACUUUCAGUGUAGUUGAAAGUCCUUGGCUUUUCCGUCUGUUCAGCUGUUACGAUAUGUUCUGAUUUUCCAGUGUUACAUGUACAUUACAUGUACAUGAGCAAUGUAUGAUUUUGAAAUGCUUAUCCUUUACUGGUAUAUAUGUAUAGUAGUUAAAGUUUAUAUAGAUCGUACAAAGUUACAGUGUUAUUUGUUGCAGGCUUUAAGCACUAGAGUCUGUUAAUUUAAGUGAUUCAUUAUUGUUUAGAACCACAGGGACCUGGCCCAUAUCCAAACCCAUAAUCCAUAUGUAUGUAUUAAAGCAUGUAGUAUACGGACCAUGCGUAAGGGAUUGGUGCCAAAACCCUGUGUUUAGAAGAAAUUUCCUUUAAAUGUAUAUGAAUUUUUUUUUAUGAUUGGUCUUGAAAUCUUAGUGUUAUAUCACCUGAUUGUGAUACUGGUUUUGAAAUACUGCUUGAAUCCAUAGCAUAAAAUAUCAAACCAUGUUUCAUUGAUGGUCAAAAAAAUUUCACCGAAUUAAAAAAAAAAAAAAAAAUCAUUAUGUAAUUUACACUGCAUUACAAUAUUGCAUGCUUUCAGUGAACAUGAUUUAAAAGUACAAUGUACUUGCCCUGACCUUUGACCCAGUUUUUAUGUCACCAGUAUUCUCGUGUAACCAUCAUGUGUAUGCUAUUAUGUUACUCUUGUAUGAAGUCAUUGUGUUGUCUCAAAGUAUUCCCCAUGAUCAUUGACUGGAUUUGAAUUAUCGUAAUUAUGAGGAAAAAAAAUUAUAAUUUUUUUCUGUUAUUAGAAAGCGUGAUUUAAAGUUGACCUCUACAGAAUUAAUGACUUUUAGCAUUGGAAAUCUGUUGAACUUUGAACUACAUUUUUUAUGUGCCAUUAACAUAUUAUGAUUGACAUAUACAGGUAUUUAGGAAUCUGAAUGUAAUCAACAGUAAUAGCUAUUUAAGGUUUUUGGCGAUAUUCAUGUCGCAAUGUAUAUAUACUACAUCUAUAUAUGUAUCAAGAAUACCAAACAUUGCGGCCAGUAUCAAGUCCUUUUUUGUCGGUUAAUACUUUUCUCAAAAACUCUAUUCAAAUUUUCAAACUUUACUUCUUGAUUUAUGUCAUUUCCUGUACUUAAAAUAUCUCUUUUCACCUUGAAAGUUAGUUGUUGUUUGGAAAUAUAUUUUGGCAAAAGGAGAUGGCCAUUGUUUCCAUAGUAACUUGUAUUUUAGUACAUCAAAUGUUAAUUUAUAGAAUUUUGAUUGGAAACUUGCAGUGCUGCCAUUGUUAAUGUUUUCAGCAAUAUUGCAGUCCUGAAUGACUCGAGGGGUAGAUUUAAGGGAAAGAAUUUGAUGCUGAGCAGGGACACAAAAUAAAGAUUGACUAAAUUGUACAAUUUGUUUCAAUAUUUUUUUGUCUUUCAUAAUGAAAUUAUCAAAUUAAAGUGUGUCAUAGCUUUUGUUCAAAUAACACGAGAUGUACUAAAUUGGUUACCGCUGAUUUCAUCACAGACGCCCUCCUAGAUUAAAGAACAUUUUUCGGGGAUAUUUGAUAUAACAUUAAUAGUCGAAACGAUAGAUGAGUGAAAUAUAAAUCAAAUGAAGUUUAAUAAAAAGAUGUUUUUCUUCCUUUCAUAUUUUUUUUUCUCAAUAUUGUAUGUUUUGUUUUUCUGUUCUAGAAAUAUUUCUUGCGCAAUUCCGCUAGAAAAUAGCCCCUAUGAUUAAUAUGGCUGUACUGUCACUGUACUUUGUAUAUCUUGUAGGUAGCUUGUCAAAAUGACCAUGUGAACCAUGUAUCACUUACAUUUAUGAUUUAUGAUUGGUGCUCUCGCUACGAUUGUCCUGAAUUCCCUAUCCUUAUUAUUGUUAAUAUUAUUCUUAAAAGAAAGUUUUCUCUUGGUAUCAGGCUUUUGACUACAAAUUAAUAUUAUUAUUUGAAAGUCUUCAUUAAAGUUUCAAACUUUAAUAAUUUGUAUUGAUAAGCAUGACAAAAAACCCAAAAAAACAUUUGAUUACCAUAGUGUUAUCAUUUGCUCGAAUCUGCUGUGUUAAAACUAAGAUAUCCUCAUAAUAAUAAUUUAUUAAGUACCCUGUCCAAACUUAUCAGUUCAGCAGAAUCACAAGGAAAACAAUCCUUCAUUGUUCUAAAGAAAUCAAUAUCAAAACCAGUGUUAUGAUUCCGAAGACACACAAAUAUAUUUGGUGAAUUGAAAUACAACAUGUUUUGUUUUAGUUAUGCGUAUGUUUGUACAUUAUUGUUAUACCUAGUAAUUUUCUUUAACAAUUAUAUCAUGAUUAUAAUUGCUAGUGAAAUGAAACUUACAUCCCAAUAAGAGCACUGCUAGAGACAUGGACUAAAUCAUGCAUACAUUACCAUGAACAGAGUAUUUUAUUGGAAAUCUUAUCAUUAUUAGAAAUGUUCUGUGGAAUUUAGUGAAUAAAGCAUAUAAAUAAAUCAAUGGUGAAAUUCAGCUUCAACAAACAAUGAUUUUGGCUUCAUAUAAGUGUAAUAAUAUUGCAUUUUCAUAGUGUUUUUUGCUUAGGAAUUUUUAUUAUGGUUUACUGAAAAUUAUGGUAUAUUGUUAAGAAAUGGCGCUUCCUAAAACAUUGUUGUUCAACCUUUUGUAGUUUCCAUUUAUUUUUCAUUACAAAACAUUCCACAUUGCUUUCUUCCUAGCUUUCAGGAGUUACUUCCCCUUUACUUGCAUGUCUCUCUCUCUCUCUCUCUUUCAACUUUUGUUUAAGUGAAAAAUGAAACAGUCCAUUUGUAUGGAUGGGUGGUUUGCUUGCAUGCAGUAGGAUGUUUUUUCACCACAACUAAAGUGGAAUCCUACAUUCUAUAAACUACAAAAAGGUGAAUUUGCCUACAUGGAUCAUAAUGGUUAAGUGCACAUGAGAAAUUUUAAUGUAUAUAGCCUCACAAUUAUUAUGCAAAUACAGAAUACUUGAUACAGAUAAAGGAAACAUGUAAGAAUAUGUUCAAUGAAUAAAAACAUACAUUUUAUUACAA